GUACGAAGGAUGAGCACCGUUCCUAAUCAGUCGAAGAGAUCAACCAGAAAUAAAUUUGAAGGGGGGUACAGUCGAUAGAACAGAGGGCUAUUUCGGGAGGUUUUGUUUCGGUUCUUUGUGGGGUUUUACGAAAAUCUAAUUGGAACCAUAUUUAAAGCAAGUUUGGUUCUACCCACCUUAUUACCAGCGGGCUGCUUUCUGCAUCACAGCAGUGUUCUUUAUCUGCUUCCUUUCGUUUCAAUCCACUCAGUGAGAGAUAAAGAACGUUUUCUGCGGAACGCCAGAAUGCAGCAUAAUGUAUUCAUUAGUCACGGAACUGAUAUCUUGGUAACUGGUGCCAUGUUGUGAAUUCUUUCUGCCUUUUCGAAGGGACAAGCAGUGAGACCGAAAGCAGUAUUCACAUCAACUACACGUCUUCAGCCGUCAACCAGAUUUCAACUGAGGACUGUGUUUUCAGCAGGAGGUCACUCAUAUUGGAAGAUAAAAAGAAGUCCCCUUAGUUUGCAAAUUAUUCAUAAUAUAUGUUCCUAAAAAUUGCCUUCAAAACUAUUAACCGAUGACAGUACUUUGAGACAAACAGUGUUUUCGAAUUUUAAAAUGUUCGAAGUACCCUCCACUCUGUGGCCACCAGUACCGAGUGCUGUCAAAAACAGAUUGUCUUUGCUUCCGAGUGACAUGGAGGUAACCCAACCUCGAAUCAAGGAGGCCAAGCGAGCAUGUGAUAAACAAUCUGAAGGACAACGAUGUUCUGAUGUGGACAUAUUAGAAGAGCUCAUGAACUUCAAUUCCUACAGUGAGGCCGAUAUGGGGUUUUCAGAAUCAGAUUCUAUAGUAGAACCCAUGGAAAGCAUAAACGUUAGGCUUUUAAAAGAAAAAUUGCCAAAUGACUGUCAGACUUCGUUUUCUACGACUUGGAAUGAGUGUCUUGUAGAAAAAGAAAACACGGUUCAGCAUUUCUUCAGUCUAAUCCCUCUCCACUUUGAUAACUGUGAUAACAAGGAAAACAACCAGAACCCUAAUGUAAUAAAAUCAGUGGGUACGACAUCGGUCACUCAACAGAGGAAUAGUCAGAGCUUAGUGAAAGAGCAUUUGGACGCUGAUGGCCACGGAAAGAAUGAUUUGAAAGGUGUUUCUGUACAGAUCCUGUUGGAUAGGACAAAUGUUCCUGUUAAGAGAGAGGAGGAUAAAAGGACAGUAGUAGAAAAGAGGAAGAAGAAUAAAAAUAAUGCUGCCUUUUGGAACUUGAAAGAUGUAAAAACUGUCAUGUUUCAGACCAGGAAACAAAGAACUGACGUCUUUUAUGAAAACAAAAGAGAGACCAAAAGAGGAGGACAACCUAUAGGAUGGUCAUCUCUUGUUCAAAUUCUUUUAGUGAUAGUAUCCAUAAUGGUUAAAUCAACUUCAGCAUUUGGGGCGUCCGGGUACGAAAUGACAAGCCUGGAGGCAGAGAACUCACCAUGUCCUGGUACUGACACCCGAGGAGCUCAUAUCUACACACGUCACCCUGGCAACUGCGCCAUUUUCUACACAUGCUUCGGAACGCGGGUCUGGCAAAUGGCGUGCACGAAGGAACGCACUGUGUUUUCUCUCAAACACAAAGUUUGCGUGUGGAAAAACUCAAAGUUUGAUGACUGUUCAGCAUCUGAAGGCCUGACAACGAUCUCUAAUAAUAGCUCGCAGCCACAGGGUGAGAUGUUAGACUUUUCUAAAGGCAGAUGGUAUCACUCACUUCCGAAACAACCUGGGCUAAUGAUUCCGCCCAGUGUGGAAAAUGAUGCAGACCUUCCUUUUUAUAACAAAAUGAACGACACGGGCAGCAAUUUCUUAAAACUUGACAGCCAGAGAAAAAUACAACUAAGACAUUUCCCCUUCUUUGGGUCUGAUAACGAAGGCGAUUUAGAAUCAAACAAUUUAUUUAGAAAUGAAUCUUAUUCAUCCAGGAUCCUAGAAACCUUGAGAUUAUCUCGUUCAAGAAGCACACCGUCUCCUUUCUACGUGAACAAUGGCCUGAAGAUUGACAACACCAGAACAACACCGUUCAAAAGAUGGAGUAGCACCAUUCGCCCAGGCCAAUUCCAGAGAUACAAAUACGCAGAUGGUGUUGGGAAUCCGAAACUAAAGAUGAAAAACGAGGGAGAAUUUGACGUUCAAGUGCAUCCCAUGAUCAAGAACACUGACAACCUUCAGCAGAUUCCUCAAAAUAUCAACGAUGUAAAGAAAUUAGUUACCACAUCAUCUCCUAUAAAUGAAGAAGACUUUACGUUUCCGAGUUACUUUGAUCAACCGGAGGGAGUACUCCCAUAUCUGAGGUACGGAGGGAACUUGAGCUUUGAGCAAAAGAAAAAAAUAAAACAAGGACGAGGAAGCAGCACCAAAUCGAAGCGUCCUGUGGCAACACCAGAGACCAAAACAGAACUGUUCGAUCAAAAAUCGUUGCUUAAAACAAGGACGAUUACAAGUUCUCACGCACCACGUUAUCUUACCACUCGUUACGAAACUUCUAAAAGUAGAAGCAAAAUUAUUGGAGGCAAACCGUUGACACGGAAAAUUCCAUCAACUUCUAGUCCCAGAUACACACUUACCCCUAGACCACACGUCCCUGACCAUAGUCUCAAAACGACCGGCAAAAAAAGCAUAUCCACCAACCAUAUAACGACAAGUCGGCAUCCUCAAACAACCCAGAGUCGAUCAAACAACCUUGACGUUAGCACCAGACAUCAUACAAUCGACAGGCUUCCCACAAGAGGUAGACAUUUAUCCACCACAACACGGUAUCCAUUUCAUGGACUGGAUAAAACCACCCUAAAAAGGACCAAGCUGACCCAUAAUUAUAAAUCAAUUAAAAAGACAACAACUACGCGUUUUCCGUCAACUUCAAUUACUAAAGUUUCCUAUCACCAAGUACACUCCAAACCGAGAACGACUCUUCAGACUACCAAGCGAUCACACACUGGGCUACAAACGUCUCACAUCAAAACCACACGCCAUUCACAUGUGCCGAGGACGUCAAGACCCCGAACCUCUAUUACAAGAACCAGCCCUCGAUUUGGAAAACUGCCGAGCUCAACUCUUAUUCCAAAAACUCACAGCAAACAAGUCGUCCCGACUCAAAGCCGGCAAUCUCGCGUAGUACCGACAGUCAAGAUGGAAGCUGUGUCUAAUCCGGUACGGUUGGAACAUUUCUUGAGAAGCUUAAAUCUCCGAACACCAAGUGGAACAAAAGUUAUAGGUAGGAGCGAUACGAAGUCAAGGCAAAGAAAUAGCCACAGCAGGCCACAUAUGACGAGAAGUUACCAAAGAUCGAGAACACUGCAAUUGAAACGUCAGCGCCUUCUUUCGCAAUCUAAUCCGACCGCACCACCGAACAGAUGGUUUGGUUACAAUCGAAGUAGGAUGCAGCGUCCAUCUAUUCAUUCUGGACACAGAAGAUUUAACGAAAAUAAGAGAAAUCGUGGUUUGCCUUUGUCUCACAAACAGAAACAAAACAGAACUGAUUCCAGGCGCUUUGGCCUAUCCCAGAGAAGGAAUACCUUUGAACAACAAACCAAGAAAAACGAGCGAAGGGUGCAACAUUCUAAUACGAGAGUCACAGGCAGUAACAGGCAGAACAUGAGAAAAUAUGGUCAUAAUAGGUCGUAUCCGACCUUUAAUAGGACAUUAGGGUAUAAAUCUCGGAUUCAUUCUCCGCGCUUUGAGAAUAAAACGUCAUCGUCUCUUUUAUCGACAAACGCCCCUAGACGACAUGGUGCAUUUGGAAAUCUUCAUCGCAAAACUGGCACGAACCAAGAAGAUGUGAUUUAUGUAACGCCCUGGGGACGCAAUAGUAGGGGCCGGGUAAACUCAAAUAAUGGCCAGAAUAAUAGGGGUCGGGUAAACUCAAAUAAUGGCCAGAAUACGAAAGAGAUAUCUCGAGGGCUGUCACCGAAAAGGCCUAGUAGUUAUAAGACUCGAGAGGAAACUAAUCGCAGCAAAUCUACCAGUCCCCGAAGCAGAACGUCAAAGACCCAAUCUAACAAUCAGAGUAGACAAAGAUUCAGGUCUGGACAGGAUAAGAUGAACUGGAGUAAAAGGCUUCAACUCAGACCAUCUUAUAGUCUGAAUAAGACUCUCUUCACGUACGAAAGGUCACCCAAAAAUGUGUCUCUUUACGAUCUGACGAAACAGAGACAGUCUGAUUCAAGAGCGAAUGUAGAACGGCUGAGACGUCUUAUACUGGAGGCCAAACUCCGGGCACAAAACCGCCGGGAAAACUCCCGGACCACUCCAGAACCGCAUUUUUCUGCAAAUAGAAGCAUCAGUCACGGACUGUGGGGGCGUAACCAAGUCGUGAGGCCGGUUCAGACUCCGCCUACAUCUCGGCCUGGGCCGUCACAGGUUCAGACCUUAGCUACGACGUCCACGACAACAUCGACGACGACCACAGCCCGACCAACGACAACGCCGACAACGACGACGACAACAACAACAACAGCGGUGGAACCAGAAUACAGGCUGCGUCUCAAAGGUAAGAGUAAACACGUAACCUCUGACUGCGACUAACUGUGAUACGUAAAUGUUGGACAGGGGAGGGGAGGGUGGUCUGUUAGGAAACUGUCAACAAGACAACCUGUAGUUCCCACAAGCAAAUGGUACUUCUUUCUU